GUGAAUGUCACUCAUGUCGGAAGCAGCAUUUCUGUGCUGCCACGAGACUCGUUGUCAACCCUGGCCGAUGCAAUGCCAGGCCCUGAGUUACUCGACAUCAACGUGACUGUUUUCGAUGGCUCUUCACCUGCCCAGCUGGUGAAUUUACGAGAUCCAUCCCGCCCAGUGCUGAGCUUCCGACUGACUGACCUGAGAAAAGGUCUUAUUGCUCUACAGCUGUUGGACUAUAAUGAAGCCCUAGAAAAGGUAGCCUGCAAAUUCUAA